GGAGAAACAAUGAAUAAGGAGUUUCUCUAAAGCGCUCCGAAUCGAUCUCAUUGGCAUUAUCGCGCAUCAAACAGCACCGGGACGCACAUCUGCCGUUGCGGGAUCUAUUAAAACUUUUCCAUAAGCAGCUGGUGACAGCAGCGGAUCUCAGGUGAUCAGGAAAUACCGUGUGUUCGUCCGGCCAUGGCCCGGCGUAUGUCGCCUGCUGUUGCUUUUCUGUUUUGUUUCGGAUUAUCGCAUGUGUUUGAGGUUGAAGCCAGAUUCCAGAACUCUGUGGCCCUCCACAGGCAGAAGAGAGAAUGGAUCGUCCCUCCCCAAAUCUUAGAGGAGAAUGUGGAUUACACCAAGAGAGAGUUCAUUGCAAAAAUUCGCUCAGACAAGGAAGACGUCAAAAUGAGAAAUGUGAGGUACUCACUGAAGGGCAUCGGUGCAGACCAAGAGCCGUUCAAUUUAUUUGUGGUGAAUCCUGAAAAUGGAUAUGUAACGAUAACGAGGUUCCUUGACAGAGAGUCCAUCGCACAAUACAAUCUUUCAGGUGUUGCUACAUUCACAGAUGGCACAAUUGCAGAGAAUGACAUUGGGUUGAGAAUAAAAGUGAAGGAUCAGAAUGAUAAUCCGCCUGUUUUCGGUCCAAUGGUACCUGGCGAUGUAAACGAGCUCAGUCUAGUAGAUACAGCAGUGAUGAAGAUUAAUUGCUUUGAUGCUGAUGAGGUAGGAAACCCAAACUCUCAAAUCAAGUAUGAGAUUGUUGAGCAGCAGCCAGCUGGGGCGCAAAUGUUCAGAGUUGAUGCUGACGGGACAGUCCGUGUUAACAAUCCUAAACUGGAUAGAGAGACUAUUGAUCAGUAUGUCCUGCUUGUCAAAGCAUCUGACCUGAACGGAGCCCCAGGCGGCAAUGCCGCCACAGGAACAGUCACCAUCAAGAUCAAUGAUGUCAACGAUAAUGUGCCUACAUUGCAAGGCCCAUUUGAGGCUAGUAUUGAGGAAAAUACAGAUAAAGUAGAGGUGAUGAGACUUAAAGCAAGUGACCUGGAUCUUAAGGACACGGACAACUGGGUGACUAAGUGCUUUAUUGCAUCAGGCAAUGAGGCUGGAUACUUCAGCAUUCACACGGACCCAAAGACCAAUGAGGCAGUCAUUAUGCUUGACAAGGCUGUUGAUUAUGAGGAUGUCAAAGACCUGAACCUUGGCAUUGGUGUAAUGAACAAUGCUCCAUUCCACCCCUCUGUGACUGGAGGACAAGAAGGAAUAAACAUAAACUUCGGUGGCAGCGGUGAUGGCGCAGGAGGAGGCGGCGGCGGCGGCGGCGGUGGUGGUGGUGGUGGUGGUGUCGGUGGAGGCGGUGGAGCUGGCGGCGGUGGUGGCGGCAGUGCAGGCGGUUCAUGGUCGAUGUCAGGGAGUCAGAUAUACAAUGUGAACGUAAAGGUGAAAAACCAGCCAGAAGGACCCAAGUUCAUGCCCCUAACAAAAGCCAUUGCCAUCUCAGAAGGCAAGACUUUUAACAGCAAUGAGGUCAUCGCAAGGUACCCGGCCACUGACACAGACACGGGAAAGGAAGCUACCAACGUGAAGUAUGUUAAAGGAUUUGACCCAGAUAACUGGCUGACCAUCGAUGAGACAACUGGGGCCGUUAGAAUGAACAAGGCUCCUGACCGCGAGUCCAAGUAUCUAGUUAACGGCACUUACUACGCCCAGAUUUACAGCAUAACUCAAGACUUGCCUUCAAAGACGGCAACAGGCACCAUUGCCAUCCAGGUAGAGGAUUUUAAUGAUCACUGCCCAACUUUGGCAAGCAAAGUCAAGACACUUUGUACUGAAAAGGAUGCCGUCUUAGUCACUGCAGUGGAUGAGGAUGCGCCACCCAAUGGAGCUCCAUUCACCUUCAAUGUUGUCCCAGAAGGAACUAACGGGAAAUGGACAGUCGAGCAUUUCAACGAUACCACUGCCAUCUUCAGAACCCAUCAAAAGCUGUGGCCAGGAGAAUACGAGCUGACGGUGGACGUCAAGGACCAGCAGGGAUUGUCAUGUCCAGAACCUCAGAAAAUUCAGGUGGAUGUGUGCACCUGUACCGACCAGGGAGCUUGUGCCCGAACAGGAGCACAUGGAGGAAAAGGAGCAUUUAAGAAGGGAUCCAGGUUUGGACCUGCUGGAAUCGGCCUUCUCUUCCUUGGACUCCUUUCAUUAUUGCUCAUCCCACUCCUGUUGCUGCUGUGUCAGUGUGGAGCUGCUGGGCUGGCGGGAGAUUUCACAGACAUGCCCUAUGACACUAAAGAGCAUCUCAUCUCUUACCAUACCGAGGGCCAGGGAGAGGACAGGGAUGUUCCACUACUCAAUGUUGUUGAUCGAAGGCCGAAUUUUAUGUCGAGAGACGUUGUGGGUGAUAUGUACUUCACAGGAGGAGCAGGAGGAGUAGGAGGAGCAGGAGGA